CACAAGUACGAUGUUACGGAUCGUCGUAGACUAUUAAGAUGGCGGGGUGGGGAUGGAUGUGUCUAAGGGCGUACCUCUGGUUGUUCCUUCUGGUUAUGGUGUUCUUUGCCGUCCCUCUAGCCGGGGGAAGGGGCCGCCGGCCAGGCAGGGAGGGGAGUAGGAUGGCCCGAAGACAGGCACCGACCGCCCAGCCUUUACUCAUCACAGGUGACACGCCACCUUUCUCACCAGGGCCAGACAAUGUUACCGGGCCUCCUACGAGAACUGGAUUCACCUUCGCGUCCACCGCUUCAAACAAAGUCAAGUACAGAGUUGUGCUAGUGGAGAACAAGCCCUUCAUCAUCAAGACGCGAUCAGAGAACAACAAGACGGUGUAUGACGGAUUCUGCAUGGACAUCCUGAAAGGCCUUGCCGAGGAGCUGAGGUUCGACUACACUCUGUACGAGGUGCCCGACGGAAACUUCGGGUUGCUGACGAAAAAUGGGUCCUGGGACGGAAUGAUCAGAGAAGUCAUCGACGGGAGAGCAGACUUCACCCUGGGUCCCUUGACCAUCAGUUCCCAGCGAGAGGCGGCUGUUGACUUUACAAAGCCCUACAUGGAUUAUGGAAACGGGCUUGUUAUGAAGAAGCCGGCCGCCGAACGACCCAACCUGUUCGCCUUCCUCCUACCUUUUCAGAUCAGGGUGUGGAUGUCCAUCAUCGCAGCGCUCUUCGCAGUUGGUUUCCUACUGUGGGCCACCAGUAGAAUUCGCUACACGCUCGGGGUUGGGGACCUGGAAAAUGACAACGACAACAACUUCACUCUCAAGAACAGUCUCUGGUUCUCCUAUUGGUCCAUCGUCAGAAAAGGCGGAGAGCCAGCCCCUCGUGCCAUCCACACCAGAUUGCUUGGGGGCUUCUGGUGGUUGUUCUCCCUCAUUGUCAUGGCAACGUACACUGCCAACCUCACGGCUUUUCUGACAGUCAAGCGCCUGGAAACCCCCAUAAGAUCCCUCGAGGACCUGGUCCACCAGUCGACUGUGGAGUUCGGCACCGUCAGGGGCAACUUUCUCUACAACUUCUUUCGGGAACAGAAAGGUAGUGAAAACGUCUUUGACCGGAUCUGGUACGCACUGGAAACCCAACCGGACAUGCUGGUGGACAAUCAGACGGAAGGAGUGGAAAGAACACGGCGUGGGAACUAUGCCUAUAUCGGAGAGUACCCUGCUCUCGAGUAUGAAGUUCGCCAUGACGAGGGGUGCCAGCUGAUGAUGGUAGGGAACCCCUUCAUGACACGUGGGUACGGCAUUGCCACCAAGCGGGGCAGCUCACUCAGCAAGACUCUGUCUGUCGGCAUCCUCCGUCUCCAAGAGAAAGGGAAGAUAACUCAGCUGAGGGAAAAGUGGUGGAACAACAGAGGAUGCUCCCUUUUCGGCAGACCACCGAAGACUGGCGCAGAGGGACUCGGCCUCGAUACGUUCUUCGGGGUGUUCGUCGUGCUGAUAUGCGGAGCCGUGCUAGCGUGCCUGGUCUCUGUGCUGGAAAUACUCUACUACAAAUGCUGCAAAAGAAAGUCCAUGAUGACUGGAACGACGACAGAACUGGAGAAGCUGAUGGUCGACACGGAGGCAGACAAACUUGCCAGAACGACGCUGAAGUGUCUGGAAGAGGGCAGCCUACAGCUGGUCAUCAGAAAGGCUGGGGACAACCACCUGGUCGGGAACAACGUGCCUAUCAGCAUCUCAAGGGAAAGUCUCCACAAGGAGAACGACAAAAUCGACUGAGAGUCUGAACAAAAAAUGGUCAUUGCCGUGAAUGAAGGCCAGACAUCCAGGUAAACAAUG